AAUAGCUAGAGGAGACAUUUGAUAAGGAAUUGUAAAUAGGUAGCUACAGACGCUUAUAUUGUAUAUACACGGAAGAAUCCUUGCCAUUGUUGGCUGGAUAUUUGCGUCUACUGACGUUGCGUCUCAUUGAAUUGUACUCGGAUACGGAAGAAUAUAUACACAUUGAGAUUAAAAUACACCUUCAAAAUGGUAUUCUCAUUACUACCUAGACCUGUGCUGUCUAUACUCAACCUAGCAAUUUGUGUGUUGUACCCAGGCUACCACACCUUUGCCCAUCUGUACCAUGGAAUCUUGAACAGCGAAAACAAGAAGAAUGCAGAUGACCCAAGAUUAAACAGUGGAUUGAUAUCUCACUACAUAUUUUACUGGACCAUAUACUUUCUAUAUGUCAAACUAGAAGCCUCAGCUCUGGUCUACGUAUCACCAUACAUACCAUCAUUUUAUGAAAUGAAACUCUUGGCGUUCUACUGGCUCGCAUCGGACCAUUUCAAAGGAGCAGGAUACUUAUUCCAUCGCUAUGUGAUGAAAAAUUUACUACACACUUCAAAUAUAGUCCGCAAUGAAAUAGACAACAAGCUAGAUGCCCGUCACCGCAAGACACUAAAUGAUAUCGUAAGCAAGCUUGGUAGUAUUGAAGAUGUCAACUUUGUCAGCAUGGAAUAAACCUUAAUGCAAAUGGGUUAUUACGGUAUUUUUAUUGAUUUUUCAAUAUGUUUUUUAUUGUUAGUCUUACACGCUUCUUCCAACGGUUAUGUCGCUACCAUUUUGCGUCAGGAUUACUUUACCUUCGCAGGCGAGCUCAAGCAGAACCAUGAAGAUAGCGCUGGCUUCACGCCGAGAUACCGAUGUCCCAACGGACAACAUCUCAGUUAAAUUGUAGCUAUUACCCCUGCACUUUUCGAAAUGCUUUUUUAUUAGCCUCCUAGGUGAUUUGUCAUAAAACGUUUAGACAAACCUAUAUUCAUGGGCGACGUUCGUCACUGUAGAUCCCGAAUUCGUUCGCAGAGCAUGUUUU